UAAUACCUAAAGGCAGUUCUAUCCUCGGAUAGCUUGUUGUCAAAAUUAUUUUCACAUCACUGGAUUUUAUUUUUGUCAGUUUAAUUUAAGCUUUCAGUGAUUGAGUUUUAUUGCUGUAUGUGCAUGAAGAAUGUUACAAUAAUAUGUCAAGUUUCAUAGAUGACUCUGUGUUAUGGAUGCACAUCCUGGAUGAGAGAGACAGUUGUGUGUAUUUAAAGUCACACUGAAAGCCAGUGGGCAAAAUAAUUGUUGCGUUACAUUUUGUUACAUCCAUUUACAAUUCAUGUUGUGAUAUUCAGUCAAGGUAAUUGUUGUGUUGUUGAACUAAUUUCUUCCCUGUAUUAGCAAAGAGUUUGGAUAAUGAUGCGGAAUGCAAAAUUCUGAAGCUGACAAGUUGUCCUACAGUGAUGGAAAUAUUCCUGCUGAGAACAUGAAAAGGUAGCUGAGGUAGAUAUAUGACUUGUGGUACAACAAGGACAACUUGAAUACAUUUAGAAAGAUUAUUACUGGUUCAUGUUAGUUGAUAUUCAAUGUUGUUGAAGUGUAAUACCAUCGGAAAGAAGGAAAGUUAAGGAGGUACUGAGAACAUGUGCUAAAAGGAUAUUGGAAAACCACCAAAGAAAUUCCAUCAUUGAAGUGCAAGACGUAGAAUCAGGAUAUUUAAAGAGAUUUAAGAGUUGUGUUGUUAGAACUUAGUUUAAAAAAAAAAACAAUGUGAAGGAAGAGUUGAUUCGGUGUGUUUUUUUUUUUCAUGAAACUAUUUUAAGCAUUGGACAUAUUAUUGUCAGUAAUUGCUGUAAAAUUGAUCAUUAGCAGUUCAGAGCAGGAUCAAAAAGAAUUCAUAGCUUUUUGCUAAAUAAUAAGUAACAGCAUUUAUGUAGAACAGGUGAACAAUCUUUAUUCCCAUGUAACAAUUUUAAGGACUACAUGAUUAGUACACUGACAACUUUGAUAAACUUGUAAGAAGGACUAGCAGAUAACUGUUGAUUUUAUAAGAAGUGUAAAAACGAUGAAGAAGUGUAACAGAAAAUAGCUUGUAGUUGAAUAGUUGAAUUUUAAGAAGUAUAACAGAAAAACAGUUGUUGCUUCUAGGAGUUUAACAGCAGUGUGGAAGAGUGGAUGAUAGUGUCACAAGAUGGGAUAUCUGCUAACAUUGUGCUUCCUCAUCCUUAGUUUGACCUGUCUUCUCAAGGCUGAUUAUCCAGCAACCUACCCAUCUAAAGAUGAGCGCAAGGUAGCAUUUGCUUGUCAGAAUAGUUAUAUACACCUGAGCUGCAAGGACCCUGGGAAGAGAAUACGAAUCCUACUCGCCAACUACGGCCGUUUUAGUCUUGUUGUCUGCAACCAGGAUGGCGUCCAUAAAGGCUGGAACGUGCAAUGUAGCUCACCUAUUUCCAUGGAAGUUGUGACAGAAAGAUGUGAUAACAGGACCAAGUGUACUUUCCAAGCCAGUAAUGCUCUAUUCGGAGAUCCAUGUCCCGAUACCAAAAAGUACAUUGAGGUUCGAUAUUUCUGUGAAAGAGCCAAUGAAAUCACAGAUAAAACUGAUGCACCCUAUACCAUCAUAAAUCCGACAUCGUAUGAUGCAACAACUACAGAGGCAACCAAGCCUACAACAGUUGUAGAAGAUAAAACAAAUGCAAAUGGACGUACAGAGAAAUGGAAGAAUGAAAAGUUCUGCUCCAAGGAGGAGAUGUAUGGGGUUUUGUGGGAGAAAACAAAUGGUGGAGAAAUGAGUAUCGCUGAUUGUCCAUCAGAUAUGAAGGGUGUAGCACGGCGACAUUGUGGUAGAGAUGGAAAGUGGGCAGGAAAUCCAGACCUGACUGACUGCAUCUCGAUCUGGAUGGAUGAAGUCCAGACAAUGAUUGAUUUAGAUGUCCCAGCUGAGAUGACAGUAUCUAAACUCAACAGUAAGAUGAAAGGGAAAGCUCUUGGUGCUGGAGACCUGAAACAGGCCUCAACUAGGGUCAUACCUGGUCUCAUCAAUAAAAUAAAGAAAGAGAUCACCAGAGAUAUGCCAAAAGAAAUAAGAAAGGAGAAAGUUCAUAGCUUUACAAAAGAGAUAGUAAAAUCUGGCAGUGGAUUGUUAAACAAUACACAGCAGCAGUCGUGGAAGGGCCUCCGAUCAGAGGAACGUAAGAAGGCAGCCACAUCCCUGAUUAUCUCCCUUGAACAGAUGGCACUAGAAGUUGCUGCAACAAUUGAUAAACAUGAAACAGUUGCAUCAGCUGAACAGAACAUUGUAAUGGAAGUGAGUGUGUUGAAGAUGUCAAGGUCACACACUGAUCUCAAAUUACCCAUCAUGCAGUAUGAGCAUGGACCAGCAGAUGGUUACCAUGACUUCAGUCUUCCACUAGAUGGCGUUUCAGGACUUAAAUCUACAGAUGAUGUGACUGUGACCUAUUUAUUCUACAAUAACCUGGAGGCACUAUUGAACCCUCAGAACGACAACUCGGAUAUCCAGUCACAUAACUCAACCCAAGUGAUCAACUCAAACAUAAUUGCUGCUUCUAUCAUGAAGCAUUCAACAACAGCCAGCAAAACUCACGGCAGGACUCAACUGAACAGGCCUAUGAACUUCAAACUAUCACAUAAAAAUAUGUUGAGAGACAAAGUGCCUGUUUGUGCAUACUGGAAAUAUAAUGAGAGUACACUGGUUGGAAAAUGGUCAGAAGAUGGUUGCCGUGUCGUAGAUACAAAUGAUGACUUCACAACAUGCCAGUGUGAUCAUCUUACAAACUUUGCUGUUCUAAUGGAUGUCACAGGAACCAAGUUGAAUAAAUGGCACAGAAUGUCUCUACAGGCUAUAACAUAUGUUGGAUGUACGGUGUCCAUUGUGUGCCUCCUUAUGUGUUUUAUAUCAUUCAGUAUUUUCAGGAACUUACAGUCUGAUAGGAACACAAUACACAAGAAUCUUGUAUUGUGCCUGAUGCUUGCAGAGUUAUUGUUCUUGUUUGGUAUUGGCCAAACACAAGAUAAGGUGUUAUGUUCUGUUGUGGCUGGGUUCCUGCACUUCUUCUUCCUUACAUCAUUCUCUUGGAUGUGUCUAGAGGGUAUCCAACUAUACUUCAUGCUCAUUGAGGUGUUUGAAGCUGAAAGGUCAAGGGUCAGAUGGUUCUACACUUUUGGAUAUGGUGUACCAGCUGUAAUUGUCGGAAUAUCGGCAGCCAUUGAUCAUACUGGCUAUGGUACAGAAAACCAUUGUUGGUUGAGGACAGACAAUUAUUUCAUUUUGAGUUUCGUUAUUCCGGCUGCCAUUGUUGUUCUUAUAAACAUUGUAAUGUUGAGUAUUGCAAUAUACAUGAUGUGUCGUCAUGCGGGGGUAACAGCAUCCUCGAUACAGGCUCGACAGAAAGGAAAACUCGAGAAAAUGGGAAAUGGCGGCGGCAAAAACAGCAUUGUGAGUGACACAUCAACUGCUGUAGAUCUGCCGACAUGGCUGAAAGGCAGUGCAGUAUUGGUGGUUUUAUUGGGUUUGACUUGGACGUUUGGCUUCCUGUACCUAGAUGAGGACCUUGUUGCAAUCGCUUACAUCUUUACUAUAUUGAACAGCUUGCAGGGCCUCUUCAUCUUUAUAUUCCAUUGUUUCAUGGACAGAAAGGUGAAAAAAGAAUGGCGUCGAGCAAUCUACAAGGCAAAGUGGUUACCUGUAUGUUGUCGAGUCAAUGUUGGUGGAUACAAUGGAAACUUAUCUUCACCACCAACUUCAUCAUCAGGGCCUCAAAAUUAUUUCCUUCGGUUCUGGAGCAGCAGAAAGAGGAAACGAUCUACCUCUAGUUCUGGAACUGGUAAAAAUCGUAGAAGUGAUUUGGACAGUUUUCUUCGAUCUGAUGUCAGCAGUGGCAACACAACUGGUACAGGAGUUAAUCGCUAUAGUAACCAGAGCGAUAAACUCCUCCCAAAUGGUCAAAAUAUUUACACUGCCAUGCCAACACAUUACGAAGGUGGAGUUGCUGGAGAUCUCUCAGUUGUUGAUGCUUCAGUUAUAGACAGUGAAUAUGUUACAGAAUAUUGUCAACACAAUAUGCAAGUAUCAAAAGAGAAACAACGAUAUUCGUCAGGAUCUGACAACUCCGAGGAUGAAGGUCAUAAAGACAAUAUUCCUCCUGACUCCAUCAGUAAAGAUCGGCUUUCGUUUUUAUCAACAGACUCAAACUUGAAACAGAACUCAGAGUUCACUUCUGACAAUGAAGAAGGGAAAAUAAACUAUGCAGUAUUAGAGGAGGGCGAAAACAAAACAUUUUUAAAUAAAAAUGACAGCUUGAAAACAGAGAGUGAAAGAAAUAAAUUGAAUGAACUACUGUCUAUGUACCAGAAUACAAAAGACAUAAAUGGAAUUCAUGUUCCAGGUGAGCCAAUCUCUACUUCUGAAGAGAUCUUGGACUCCAACGGUGAAUGUAAAAACAAUGAAAAAGAUAUUACAAAGAGUGCACCCAAUUUGAAAUACCCCACCCACUUUUAUAAUAACCAAGGUAUGGAUUCUUCGACCCACCCCUUAUUAGGGAGUUUACCCGAUUUAUCAACGAUAAGAGAGGAGGAUGGGGAUAGUGACCCCUGUUCCAAAUCUGCAAAAUUUGGGGCCAACAUUCAGUAAUAUACCUGAUAAUGUAAAUUGAUUUGUUACAUUUUAUUUAAGUUGUUAUUAGAUUUUUUGUAAGCCUUUUCUGUCUGCUUGAAGAUGAAUGUGUUGCAAGUAUUUUUUGAUAUGCUGAUUUUGUUUUAUUUUGUUUUUAAAGACUAACAAAGUACAUAUUGCUUGGUGUGCCAUAAGAAAAUGGCCAGUAUUAAUUGAUUAUGUGCUAUAUUACAGUGUAAUAUUCAUUUCAUUUUAUUGUUUCAAUUCUGUACAUAUUUUACGUCCUUGUCCUUUUUAUAAUGAAUAUUUUUUAUGCUUCUACUGUUAAAAAAUGGGAGACAUACAGCAUAACCCAAGCCUGUGUAUCUUUGCACAAAAACACUGUCUGGUCUAUAACUUUGUUGUGCUCUGUUAGAUUUUGAAAUACCUGGCACAAAUGACCACCAUGACAAGACGAAGUGUUGCAUGCAAAUUUUAAACACCUGCCUUUUGGAAAAGGUCACAUUUAGCGGUAAAAGGUUUGUCAUUUUUCUUGUCAAAUAUUUUUUUACAUGCAUUGAUAUAUUCAAAUAACAUAUCAGAACAUGAUGACAUGUUUAAAGGUCCAGGUCAUCCGUGGAAGUCAAAGAUUACUUUUUUAUGCAUACAUAGAUAUUCAAAUAACUUGACACAAACAUUUACAUAACAAGAUGACAUGUCCCAUUCAAGAUCCAUAGCACUACCUUUAAGUUUAAGGUCACACUUCAAGGUCAAUGAAUUUUUUACAUAUUUUUUUGUCCACUCUAUAACUUUCAUAUGAUGAUUUUGAUGAUUAUUCAAAUAACUUGGCAUGGUCAGUCACCAUAACAAUAUGAUUUGUGGCAUUCUAAACCCAGAUCCUAACCUCAAAGGUCAAGGUUACACUGAGGUCAAACAUGUUUAACAUACUUUUCUUGUUCAGUCUAUAGCAUUUGCAUAAAUGGAUGUAUAAACCUUGCCACAAACAUUUACAGCUACUGGACAAUGUGUUGUCUUACACUGCUAGUUAAAAGGUUAAUUCAAAUAACUUUGUACAGACUUUCACCGUAACAAGAUGUAGCAUUUAAUCAUUUAAUGAUGAAAUAAAUAUUUAAAUGAUAACAUAAAUAUUUAUGAUAAUAUUUCUUUUUCAGUCGUAAAUUCAGUAUAUAUGUUAUAUUUUCAAUGGCUGUUACAGCACUUCCACUUACAUGUCCUAACAUCACAAUGGGGGCACUCAUGUCUUUUCUUUGUAAAAUUUCUGGAGUUGUGAUGUAUAUUUUAAAUUGUGUCUGACUGAGCCACAUCAAGAAAGAACAUACCUUUCUUAAUAGCAUUUUAUUGUUGAGAUUUUUACAAGCUAAGUUUGUAUUUUCUUAAUGACACAGUUCAGUCUUCUUGGUACCAUAGAAAAAUGAUAAAGCACUGCUAAUUCACAACUUAUGCUAGUCUUGUAUUAAUUUUGAUUGUCAGAAUUUUCAUUAUUUCAUAAAGUUAUCUGUGGUCAAUCUGAAUAUUUGAAUGUUGGAAACACAUCUUGUGGAAGAAAUAAUCACUGGUCCAUUACAUCUCUUACUUGUAAAGUUUUCCAGUCAGCACCUUGGUUGCUACUCUGACACCAGCCUUAAAUUCUGAACCCAGUGAGCUAUUUUUUUCAGUAAGGUAAAUUUUACUUAGGCUGCUGAUGCAUCAUUCUCAUAGUAAGGUAUGUUUUUGCUUGAUUUUGUUCCAGUUAGAGUGUCUGAUUAUAUGUAAAUUCUUGUAAAUACUACUUCUUUUUCAUUCCAUCGAGUAAUUAUGGUUGUGAAAACACAAGGUUGUUUUCCAUUUUCAGAUUAUUCUUUUAAAUCUUAAAUCUAUUUGAAAUAUAUUUACAGUUUGUUAAAAUCAUUUGAAAUUUUAUUCUAGAAAAAUAGAAAGUAGGCAUAUAUAGAGUUGAUUAUUUUAUUUUUAGAAAUAGAGAAGUUUUAUAAAGUGUGAUUCUCUGAAAUACAAAAUACGAAUACAUUAUAUAUUAUGUUAAAACACGUUUAUUUAUUGACAAGAUUUGUUGUUAAACACAAAUUUCACAAUUGGUGCAUUUGUUAUAGCUUGUAAACAUACCUGCACAUAGGACUUAUGAUUAAACAGUUUGGGCAGUUA